AUGAUGCAUCACCCGAACAUGCAUCAUCAGCCGAUCUCGGGGCACCCGCCGCAGCACAUGGGCGGGCACCAGGGAAUGCCCGCGCACCAUCAGAUGGCCCCUCAUCAGAUGCACAGAGAGAACAGGCACGUAACACUAACUAGGGUGCCGCUAGGUCCGGCGCAGGCGGGCGGCGCUAUGGGCGCGCACGGCCAGGCGCUGGGCGGGCUGGGCGCGAUGGGCGUGCCGCCGCCGCACCACACGCCACAGCGACCACCUCACCCGAUCAGGGCUAUGCCACAUCAUCCGCAAGCGCAGCACCAUUCCGUACCACCGGCGUCACUGAGCUAUCAUCACUCAUCAGUCCAUUCCUGGCCACGGCCGAAGCAAGACGGACAUAACGUCGGAAAACCGCAACAAAUGAAGGCGCUUCGGCGUCCGUACGCGGUGAGCGGAGGCUACGGGCCGGGCGCGGGAGUGAUGCCGCCGCCCUACGCACAGCCGCCGCCCAUGCAACCACCAGCCGUACCCAUUGCACACACAGUGGUGGCGAGUGCAAGUAGCGGCGCGACUCGUGCGAGCGGCGGCGCGGGCGAGGCGGCGGAGGCGGAGGCCGCGCCCGCGCCCGCGCCCGCCACUGACGACGCGCGCGACGCCAGCCCGCGCGACUGUUCGGCCAACAGUAAAGAGAAGACUCCAAUGUGCCUGGUCAACGAACUGGCCAGGUACAAUAAGAUUAAGCAUCAAUAUCGCCUCACAUCAGAAACAGGACCUGCUCACAAAAAAGUAUUCACAGUAACACUCCGACUGGGUGAUACUGAGGAAUAUACUGCAGAGGGGUCGUCAAUAAAGCGCGCGCAGCACGCGGCGGCGCAGGCCGCGCUGGGCGGCACCAGCUUCCCGCCGCCGCCGCCGCGCGCGCCCGCGCCACAUGCAGCGCACCAUCCGCACCAUAGACAUGCUGGUGCGGUAAUGCCAACAGUAGAGCUGAAUGCUCUGGCAAUGAAGCUGUGCCAGCCGGCAGUGUACACGUCCAUCCCGCCGGUGGCAGGGCCGGCGCGGCUGGUGCGAGCGCGGGCCCCGGCCUACCGCGCCGCCGCGCUGCUGGCGCCGGCCUACGCCGCGCCCGCGCUGCUGUACAGGGUGCGCGUGUGCGUGGGCGGCCGCGCCUGGCUGGGCGAGGGCACCACCCCGCAGGCCGCGCGACACGACGCGGCGGCGCGCGCGCUGCGCGACCUGCGCCCGCCGCCCGACGCCGCGCCCGCCGCGCCCGGCCCGCCCGGCCCGCCCGGCCCGUCCGCCGCGCCCGCGGACGCGCAGCCCGCCGCGCACAACCACGCCAACCACAACGAUGCCGACGCAGGGGGUGACAACAACGCUGACUUACUGAGUUCGGAAGUGAAGUCUCCCGUCUCACUGGUACACGAGCUCGCCCUCAAACGCAAUCUCUCAGUACAGUUCACUGUCAAAUCCGAACGAGGCCCACCACACAUGCGGGUAUUUGUAACUGCAUGUACGGUGGGCGACAUGGAAACGGAAGGCGAGGGCAAUGGUAAGAAGGUAUCCAAGCGUCGCGCCGCCGAACGUAUGUUGGAUGAAAUGCGACGUCGCUGGCCACCUGCAUUGCUUCGUGCCAGGCCACCGCAGGACAAGCGACGCGCGCAGCCUGCCAAGAAGAAGCCCAGGAAUCUCAUCAAGGUCAGCGAGGAGGGCGCGGCGGGCGGCGCGGGCGCGGCGGGCGGCGCGGACAACCCCAUCUCGCGGCUGGCCGUGGCGCGGCACGCCGUGCGCGCGCGCUCGCCGCAGUACCGCGUGCUGGAGGAGCGCGGCGCGGCGCGGCGCAGGGAGUUCCUCGUGCAGUGCGACGCGCCGCCGCACUCCGCCACCGGCCUCGGGCCCAACAAGAAGACUGCCAAGCGACGCGCCGCGCACAACGUGUUACUAGCGAUGGAGAUGAGCAGUAAGCCGGUCGACGCCUCACAGACCAGUUGCAGCCCAGACUCCGCCGCCACCUCGCCCGACACCAAGACUAACGAUACUAAGCGGAAAAGUACCGCGUCCCAGGACGGCGAUGCAGCCGGGGAGGUGAGGCAGCCAGUGCCCGGGGUACUACUCAUGGACUAUCAUCAACGCACUGGACAACCACUGCAACCUAAUGGUGUAAGUGAGACUAGUGCGACGGGCGGGUCUGCGGGGAACACGCCCGGCGCCAAAGACCAGCUCAUGUAUCUAUCGCAGCUACUAGGAUUUAGCGUACAGUUCUCCGAUUUCCCUAAGCGCAACCACGGCGAGUACCUGUCGCUGGUGUCGCUGUCGACGGAGCCGCCCGUCAUGUGCCACGGCGGCGGCCCGUCCACCGCGCACUCGCACGAGCAGUGCUCGCGGGCCGCCCUGCGCGCGCUCACGCUCAUGGGGCUCGACGCGCCCGCGCACUCAAUACAAAGCGUGAGCAGUACUCCCGCUAAGACGAGCGUAGUAAGUAACGGCAUCGCAGAGUAG